CCACCACCGCACCCCGAGCCCCGGCGACGAGCACGACGGCCCCGUGCCAAUUGACCCCCCGACCUUUUCACGCCGCACCUGAAGAGCCUUGCUAGUCAGACGACCGGGACCACUACUCCACAAACCCGAAGGAGACGACGGGCUGCCCCAACCGACGAAGGGCGAGCUUCGAACAUCGAUCCUCUCCCGAUCCGAACCGCGCUUUUUGUCCACCCAGUCCCUCACGAGACAGCGGUAUAACACCAACCACACUCGGCACAAUGUCGUUCACUCUUCCUUCACUUCGAGGCCUCGCCUCCCGGUUCCUAACCCGGCCAACCACCCUCACAACCACCCUCUCCAACCCCUCGACAACGACACAAUGCCUCGCGGCAUCAGCCCGAGCCCUCUCGACGACCCCCAGCUUGCUCGCGCCGCCGGGCGCCAAGAGCCAAAAAGGCCCCUCCAAGGGCCCCAGCAAAGGCGGCAAGCCGCAGCAGGGCAAGAAGAAGAUCAAGCGGGGCGAGGAGGUGCGGGACCCCAAGAUGAUCAACAUGCUGUCGCACUUCGCGGUGCUGUCGCCGAACCGGAUCCCGCCGCCGCUGCGGAUGGGCCGCAACCGGCACCUGCGGCACUGGACGAUCCACCGGGCGUGGCUGCUGUUCCGGCGGCGCGAGCGCGAGGCCCGCGAGCGCAACCUGAUGCGCCAGCACCAGAGCAUGCGCAGCGCCUGCGAGGAGCUGCGCCUGACCGCGGGGCCCGGAACCCGCGACGAGGGCUACCUGUACCGCGCGGCGAUGGAGAAGAAGGGCGUCUACGGCCUGCACGGGGUGCCGAUCGAGUACGCACGGGCGCAGACCGAGACGCCGGCCAAGGUGGCGUGGAAUCACGAUUGGAAGCGGUGA